AUGGAUCAACCAACAUUAUCCUCGGACGCUCCCGACCGCGCUGCCUCGUCUGAGCCCGGCCCUACACGGCCCAACCCCUUCGAUGAAGGACCCUUAUCAUCUCGUAAGCGACGACGCACCUCCCACUCCGGCUCGCCCAGCCUGUCUGCUGAGAGUCCGGCCUCCGAUCAACACAUGACGAGCUCUGGUACCAUCGACCAGGGCGAUCAUCUGGGACAAGUUGACCACGCUUAUGCCAUGCGAGUCGAUACUGCUUCGGCUGAACCCCGUACCCCCGAACGACAAUCAUCCGGUGCUGGCCCUCUCAGCGAGCCACCUUCAAGUCGAGUCACGACAAUAAAUCUACGCAACCAGCCUCACAGUGACAUCAGUUCCUCCUCGCCCGUCUCACCUCACCCGGCUCACGACAUUCAGCAGCUCGAUGACCUUCAUGGGCAGCUGGAUGGAUCAGCUGACGAUGCCGAGAUCGCGCGCAACCGCAUACCGUUACCCGCCGAGGCGGACAACACCUCGACCUCAUCAGCCGCCAGCACCGCCAGCUUAGACGCAGAAACGGGUAUUGGCGAUUUCGCCAACCCCAUCUUCAGCUUCCCCUUUCAUGAUCAUGCCGAGCCUCUUCCGGCAGCAGUUUCUCGCCUCGUUCAAUAUUUCCAGACUGGUAGGAGCUGUCCGCUAUUCCGUGCAGACACUUUGUUGACCGAUAUGACAGCCAGUUCAGGAGAAGAAAGCGUUCUCUCCCAGCUGUGUCGAUGGGUUGAGCUGUGCAUUAACUUUUUCCGUCGCAUUUCUGCACAAGAGACUCUCGGAUACUUUCAAUCUCAACCUGCAUUUUGGUAUGCUCUCCCAGAACUAUUCUUCAGCAUUGCUCUGAAACGGCCACUUUACCCGAGGAACAGCGUCCUGCGGGCGACCGCCAGCCUAGUCAUCAACGGCUUUGCACAUUUCACCGGGCUCAUCACCGCCGUUGACCUAGAAUUUCUUACUAGCUGUCGCGCGAUGAUGCCUCAGCUUGACGAGCACGAACCACCGUGUCCCAUCUCGGCAUCGCUUGUGUCAGGAGUAAACCGAAUCGCUCGCCGAGACCAUAUGCGGCGACAAAACUCUCAGGUUGCGGACGUUGAAGCACAGCGCGAUCUUUUUGACGAGCGCGCUAUGCUACUACGUGCUCUUCAGGCCUCCACAGGUGGACGAAUAGGUUGCCUCCUCAAGCUCGCCCAGACUGAAGUGGCUCUCAUCAAAAAGUUCCCCCAGAUGAUUGAACACCUCGGGCCAAUCUCACAAUUGGCCGCCCUUUUGAUCUCAGAAGCAGCGCGAGCUCUGCGCAAUCCGGCCAACCCGAAUAUCAAUGAGUUUCGCUCUUAUCUGACCAUUGGUUUUCAAUUCUACCAGAUUGUGGCAGAUGCCCUGUCAUAUAUUAUCGAGAAGCAUGUCACACAGCUCAACCCUGAUUCUGCUUCCGUACUGCUGAACUCUUUGACCGAGAUUCUUAAGACAAGCCUUGGUGGGGAGCAUCGACAGGCCAAAGACCGCCUCGAUCUGCACGCACAAAAUCAUCCGGAACUGCCUGCCCACUACACCGCCGACGCCAUUGCUUGUGAGUGGCGCCUGGAUAUCAUGGCCAGCCUCAUACGAUCCAGCCAGAUGCAACUGCGUGUCAUGGCGGUCACUCAGAUGGGCUCCGAGUUGGUCCAGCUGUGGAAGCAACAUAGCGAGGACCUGAUCCCGAACGAGCUCCUGACCCACGUCGCCCAGUACAUCCUACACACUGAGCUGGUUGAUUACACACUUGGGUCCAGCUGCCACCCCGAGAUCACCGGCGAGAGCGGCAAUAUUGUUGGGUUUCUAGCAGUGACGAAACUCUAUUCUAACGAGCAGACUGAUCUUCUGUGGAGUACCAUGACCAAAACUCAGAACCCUCGGGUUUCAGACGCCCUCCUCCGCAUGUCAGAACCGGUCCUCAAUCUACUUGAUGUGGACAGGUUGGUAUAUUUGUGCGAGAAGUUCCAGACCUUGCCUAUUGAUAUGUUCACGCCCAAUCUGCGAACAAUUUGCGAGAGGACUCUGAAGUGCAUUGCACACAAGUACCGGCAGGAAGGCGCACAACCCAACUCUCUUCUCCUCAAGUUAUGCACUCGCUUGCUUCGCGAGUCAUCAGAGCUGGCCGGUCACUCACAUUUCGCGCACCCCGAGCUUCAUCAGAUUGCCAUCACGCGGCUCAAAGAUCUGAUUGUUCUCGGCUUGGAUCCACAGACGCGCCAAGAGAUCAUGACUGACUGCGCUAGGGACAUAGCAUCGGCUUCUGACACGACCUUAGGCAGUCUAUGGUGUGUGGCUACCUUGAAUCGUCCAACCGCUACGGAUCUAAGAGAGGCUGUGGCGGAUUAUGACUUGACACGCCUCCUUGUCGAAGAGCUUGAGCAUGCGAUAGAUGCAGGCAGGAAAGCUGGCCUAUCAGCUAUACUCAGCGGUCCCCAAAACAGCCCGCGGACUGACUUUCUGUACGGGAUCAUUGUUCACGAACCCUCAAGUCUGACGGAUGACCUGGGAGCUCGUCUCUGGGACGCUCUUGUCGGCCCUCGGGCGUAUUGCCCUGAAGACAGGGCCACCGCCUGGCGACUUUUCAACGCCAUUGUUGCUAAUAGCAAGCAAGAGAACCCAUAUAUCACACGAUGCUUCGCGGAGAUGCUCCAUGGACUUCCUCCCCCAUGCUUUUCGAACGGCGCCCUGCAGUUUGCGAAGUCUCUUCUUCUGCCAUUAGUAGAUGAGAUGACAGAGGUUCUAGAUGACGAGCAAGGUCUUGCACAGAAAGCGAUCGAACUCAUCUGGCACAUGAUGCUUCGCGUUGCCGACUCGGACUUGGUUGACUUGAUGAUCUCGAUACUGGUCAAGGAUGUCUACAUCGGAAGCAAGGCCAUCUUGGCUUACCCACACCACAGGGCGCGGGCGGUUCAUACACGCAUGGUCAACCGUUGUCUGGGCCAACUUGACGGCGCAGCAAGAGCAAUUGAGGCUCGUGAUUCUGCUGAGGACGCACCGCACGAAGCCAAUGACCAGGAGCAUGCGCAAGCCCAGGAGCGAAUCUUCAUACGAUCUCUUGCACUGCUGCGUGAGUUCCUGAAGGCGCAUCAAUCAAAACCCCAAUUCGCAGCCCCCGAUCUUCGUUCCCUCAUGUCGCAAGUGCCAUGCACUGUGAAAGGCGAGCUUACCGACCUGCAAUACGAGUCCUAUGACGGUGGGGCCAAGUCCGACAUGUCGCCUCUAGAAAUCGGAGCCGACAACACAGUGGCAACGUUACUAGCGCGCGUACGAGAAGUCACGGGAUUUGACAACUACCGUGUGUAUCAUCACGGCAGGAUUUUUGCUCCUGAUGAGGAUGAGAUUUCUCGCUCGCUCAAAGAUAUCGGCAUGACAACGGGCCUGCUGUUGGUAAAGAGAGAGGUAGGAGGGGUAGCUCCUGCGACAAGAGCAAACCCUGGCGCCUCAUUCCUUGAGAUUGAGAUCCUCAGUCAUUUUGGGCAGCUUUGGAACUACCUCGACCUGCAGGAACCGCUCGCCAGCGAGAUUUUCCAUUUCCUCGUCAACCUCCCCGUCGAUGCUAAAAUCUUGAAAGCCAUCGAUUCAACUGCAACCACUCAUCGUGACGUAUUUCCGAAAGGACAGUGUCACAAGUCCAUAUAUGCGGUCUACGCUCUGAAGGAAUAUCUCAAAUCGGCGCGUCGCAAACAGGCCGCUGCUGUCAGUGCAGGGCGUGACGACGAUCCCGACGAAGACGUCCUUGCCAAGGCCUUGACCCGGUCUCAAGCACUCGUAGUGGCCGCUCUUUCAGAUCGCGAGGCUCUGGACGACUGCUCCUCCUCCCACAAAUUAUUUCUUUGCCAAGAGUUGAUAGGCCUCUACCUUCACAUCCUGCAGGAGUCGUACUUGAUGCUACCGCUGGCGACGUCAAUGACAACCGCACCCGUAGCGUGUCUUGUUGACAUUCUGGUCUUUGCUGUGGAUUCGUCACGCAAUGAGGCUACGGUUGACUUGAUCACGAAGACUUUCUCCUCGAUCCUUCUGUCAUCGUCUAUUGAUGUCGAAUUCUGGAUAUCCCUUCAGCAGUACCACGGCAUUGCUGCCCUGAUUAAAAGACUCGUCUUGCAGGAGCCAUCGCCUUACGUUCGUAUGGAGAUUGUCAAAGCAAUAAAUAUGAGGAGCACAGAUUUUGAGAGAGCCGCUGUGACAUCCACCACAUUCUGCGAAUUCCUCUGGCCUGUUUUGAACAGCCUGGUGCCCCGAGCCAUGGAUCUACCGCAGAGUUGUAACGAAUUUUUCAUCUUGACGCAGUUGAUUCUCAAAAAGCUCCUGGCCCUACAAUCGACAGUCGUGCGUGCAAAUGAGCUUGUUCAUGAUUGCAUCAUAGCCUUGACAGGGCAUGAAACGUCUGAGCAAUUGGGAAAGCCCUUCAUUGAGGACCGAUUAGCCAGCGGGCUGCUCAGGCUUCUUCGCUGUUGUCUCAAGGACGAACAGAUACUCGAAAGCUGUUCGUUCGCGCCCCAAGGUACUGAUUUGUUGUGUAUUCAAGCCGAACCCUAUCAAUAUGAGCUGCCCAUGAAUUUCGACCGGGACCAGGCCGUACGAGCAGAGUGUGGGUACGCAGGGUUGCGAAAUCUCUCCAACACCUGCUACCUCAACUCUUUGUUCACCCAACUAUUCAUGAACACGAACUUUCGUCGCUUCAUGAUGGAGGCCCCCACUGCAGGAUCUAAUCAGGAGCUGUUGGAGGAGACGCAAAUCACAUUUGCCCAUAUGCAGGAAACCAGUCAACGAUACGUCGACACUAGUCAAAUGGUGAGCUGGAUAAAGACCUACGACGACACCAUGAUCGAUAUCCAUAACCAGAUGGAUGUUGACGAGUUCUACAACCUGCUGUUCGACCGAUGGGAGUCGCAAAUGGCGUCCGCAGGCAAAAGAAACGCCUUCCGUGCAUUCUAUGGUGGUCAACUCGUUCAGCAGGUUCGAUCGAAGGAGUGCGAUCACAUUUCGGAACGUCUCGAACCUUUUUCUGCCAUCCAGUGCGACAUUAAAGGCAAAACGACCCUUCUUGAUAGUCUUCGGGAUUACGUUGAUGGGGAGAUCAUGGAAGGAGAAAACAAGUACAAAUGCUCGACUUGCGACCGCCACGUCGAUGCUGUAAAAAGAAUCGAUAUGCGGCCCUACACUGUCGAAUAUCUGAAUCAAGAGUCUCCGACGAGCGAGGAAGAUGUGUUUGAGCUCGUUGGCGUUCUCGUUCACUCCGGAACCGCGGAAUCUGGCCACUAUUACUCCUAUAUUCGUGAACGGCCGUCGACUGCGGAUCAGGAGACCUGGCUCGAGUUCAAUGACGAGGCUGUAUCGACUUGGGACGCUGCACAGCUUGAGGCGGCUACCUUCGGAGGUCCCGACACGAAUCAGGUCAACGAUGCCAACAGCGUUGCCUACGACAGAUCUUACAGCGCCUACAUGCUGUUCUACCAACGCUCUUCUGUCCUGAGGGCAUCGCGGCAAGAGAUGCAAGCUCAAGGCUUAGUGCCACCCCUACAUGUUGACAUCAUUCCGGACCUGCAUGAAGUCAUCAAGAACAACAAUACGAGCGGAGCGUCAUGGCCUAUGCUUCUCGGACACCUUAGUCCAAAGUCGUUGGACGGAGCAAGACGAGCGUCUCUUUCCAGAGGAUACCAAGACCAGCUUGCAGACACGGUUCCGGAACUGUUCACAAAUGCGCAGAAGCGUUCCUCGACUAUUUUAUCGGGCCGUCCGGAGGCAUUUCGACAAUUGGUGCAACGGGACCCCGAGCCAUCUUACCGUCUCGCAACAGGCGACAUGUUGAUCAUUGCGCUUGAAGAAAUUCGAGAACACGACCCUACCUAUUAUGGUCCGGAGGCGGCGCCGGCCGACGACGAAAUCCUCGUUCAAACCUCGGCAAUCGACGGUGCGUUGAUUCUGUUUCGAAAAGUCUUUGAGAAUUUUCAUUGCAACCUGCGUUCGUGGAACGAGUGCUUCCACUUGAUCUUGAGAUUUGCUGAGCUGGGCGAAGCCGAAACAGCUGCUCUACUUCACGACGAUUGGUUGAAGGACCUCAUGUUCGUCAUCGCAGCUGACACCAACUAUCCUGGCCUGCCGGAGCACUAUGUCAUGUUGGUUCGUGGCCUGUCUCGCAGGAUGUCUAACAAGCCUCCGUCAUACGAUGUGAUUAUCCAGCUCAUCAACCAUCUGAUGAAAGCCCUCGAGCCACUCGUGCAAGACGAUAUGGUCGAGGAAGCAAACGAACGUCUCGCUCUUUAUCUAGAGGACCCGUCGCAGCCGCUUCCUUGGACUUCCGAAGAGGUUAAUGUACUUUUCGCUGAAGACAGGGACUACGGCGGCAGCUUCUUUGUGCGGCGACUUCUCGAGAUCGAUCAAGAGCGACAAGAGACUUGCGCCCUCCAUAGACGUCUGGCCAAGGGCGACGAACACAUGCAGCAGUGGAUCGAGGGCUUCCUCGUCAGAUACGAGACGCAAUGGGCACAUGAGGACGCAGAAUUGCACGACAGGGUAGUCCAGGCUGCCAGGCAGCUCGGUGUUGGCUGCCUUCAGUACCUUCAGGAGCAGUACGUGCUUGCCGAGCGGCAAGUAGUGGGGUCGACGAUCGAGCCGCUGCACAAGAUGAUCGUCGCCAGCGAGGCAUAUUUUGAAAUAGACAUUGACGGCGGCGUGUCGCGGGAGGGGUUCCAUCAUCUCAAGGAGGGCAAGUCGAAGACAUGUUUUGGCAGCCCGAUGAUGGACGACGGCGCGCUACCUCUUCCCUGCAGGGAUCCUCGAGUCGGUAGAGCGUCUGUUGAUCGACGAGCUGGAUGA